UCAUAAUAACCAGAAAACUUCAGAAACCGCAGCUUCUUCGUCAUGGGCAUCCUUGCAGCAAUUGCCAGAAAUAUCGAUACACUCAUCGGGCCUGGAGUCAUGCUUCUGUAUCCUCUAUUGGCAUCAGUGAAAGCGAUAGAGAGCCCAAAUACGCUGGACGACCAGCAAUGGCUGACCUACUGGGUUUUAUAUUCCUUCAUCGCCCUCUUCGAGCUUUCAUGCCAUGAAAUCCUAUCAUGGGUUCCGAUAUGGCCAUAUCUGAAACUGGUGAUUUGCCUGUGGCUGGUACUGCCCAUGUUCAAUGGAGCAGCAUAUAUAUAUGACAAUUACGUGAGGCAGUACACAAAGAACAUGGCAAGCUUUGGAAUAAAUAAUUCAAAUUAUGCAGAACAUCACAAGAAAGUUCUGCAGAUGAUGAGCUUUGACGCAAGAAAAGCUGUAGAAACUUAUAUUCAUAAAUAUGGCCCUGAUGCUUUCGACAGAGUCAUCAGAACGGCUGAGAAAGAAGCGAGGAAGCACUGAGAGAUAUAUAUUUUGAUGAGCUUGUGUUCUCUGUGACAAAAACUGAGUUUAGUUUGACUGUUUUUAAUUUAGAUAGAUCAUUUAAUUUGCUGUAACUUCCUUUUAGUUAUGUUAUUUCAAAGUGAUACUUCAAAAUCAAUCUUAUUUAUGUAAAGCUUAAUUGUGUUAAUGGCAGCUAUGCAUUUAUAAUAUGUUAUUUA